AUGAGCAAGCAAAAUAAUUUUGAACAGUUUCUUCAUGUAAACAUUGUCUGUGACAGUUGUGAUAAGGAAAUUCGGGGACGUCGUUACAAAUGCUUAAUCUGUCCAGAUUUUGAUUUGUGCCAAUCUUGUGAACAAAAAAAUGAACAUUUUGAACAUGCAAUGAUGCGUUUGAGACCUCAUUAUCUUUGUAAAACUCCACCUACACAGAUUGAAAAAAUGGCGCAAGUUUUCAACAAGGCUUGUUCUAGCUUUGUUUCAGGCUUUCAAUCACCCUCAACAACACCAACUGCUGCCACAUCUCGACGUCAGUCAUCUCCUGUUACUAUUAAAUUUGAGGCUGAAGCAAAGGGAUUGACUCAAGAUGAAAAGUGGUUUAUUCUGGAGGCGCUUGAUAAUCUUUUGCCACAACAACAUGACGAAAUUUCAAAAAUUCUCGCUGCGGCAAAGGAGAAGGAUGACUCAACACCAACCAAACUUGAUUUGGAUGCUUUAAAGCCUGCUGUUUUGCGUCAAAUUCUUGCCUACAUUCAACGUUGUCUGCCUUAUCCAAAAGGAGCUCGUCGUUUUGGCUCUGUCAAGCCUUCUGUUUGUCAUCGUCAUUCUCUGAGCAAAUAUUCGGCUAAUCACCGUCAUUCUUCUCAAAAUCCAAGUUUGGCUACUAUGGGAGAAGCAACUUCUGAUCAUCGUCCAAAUCAUCACCAUUCUUGUUCUCGACGUGCUUCCAUGUAUUUUUUAUUUUUACUACCAAAUUUACGGCAAGUUCCUGUUUGUGACAUUGAAAACGUUCUCAAAGUCGCACAUCAAAAAUUUGCAGCUAAGGCAGCAUCUUCAAAAACUUCUGCAUCAACUCUAAGAGCUCAAGUAAUUGAAAAUUUAAAUAAGGAUCUUGACGAGACUUAUAAAAAGCAGAAAAGGAUUACUGAGGAAUUUAAAAAAAGUAUUGCUAAACGAAUUGCUAAAGAGCCAAAUACUUUGACGACUCAGAAUUCUGUUGCUUCUCAAAACGAAAGUAAUGUUAAACAACCUGAAAAUAAUAAGGAAAAGGAUCAAAAUAAGGAAGUUGUUAAUAACAAUAAAGAGAAGCAACCACAGUCAUCUGAUGAGCGUGCUGAGUUUUUGAAGCAAAUUGGAGAAACUGUUAAACAGGCUCUUCUUAAUUUUGGAAUUGAGUGUGAGGCAUCUGUUCAAGACAGUCCGCGUAAUAUUCGCGCACAUUUGACUUUUCCAAUACAACCAUCUGCUCACGUCAAUAAUAAUGUUCAAAAUGUUUUGAAUCCAGAAGUUCAUCAAACACCUGCUGGGGUUGUGGAGCGUCAACAGUUAGCUUUAUCUCAAAAUUCAACUGCUAUGACAGAACUUGAACAAUUAGAGCGGCAAAAACGAGUUAAGGCUUAUCUUUAUUUGACGGGGGCUAGUCAUGCGGCUGAAAAAACUGUUCAGGAGACUGCAAAGGACAGCGAAGAAAUUUUGGAAAUUCAUUGUUCUCAACCAAGUAGUGAUGAUGUUAUGAAGCUCAGCAUGCAUACAGCUAUUGGGAUUGAUGAGGGAGACAACUCUUCUUCUAAUAAUGAGGAUAUUAUGAAGAGCAGUGUUCAUACAGCUAUUGGUAUUGAUGAAGAAGUUUCUCCUAAAAAUGGUGAUGUUAUGCAGCUUAGCACUCAUACAGCCAUUGGAAUUGAUGAAAAUGAUAAAGAAAUUAAUUCUGAGACAUUAAAACGAAAAGAAGAUUUAAAGGUUGUAGUUAAGCCAACUCUUCCAGAAAAUAAUGGUCAAAAUGUUUUGAGUCGUCAAGAGGAGUUGCUUUCUCCGAUGAGUGUUGUUGAGCCUUCUCUACCACCAAGUCUUGGAGCAAGCAAUGGAAGUUUAAAGCGUCGUAUGGAUGUUAUGAAGGCUAGCACGCAUACAGCUAUAGCUAUUGGAGAUGAAUAUGGUGGCAAAGUCGAGGAUUGUAAUGAAUCUGAUAUGGUUAAUAAUUUGUCUCGUUGUUGCUCAUUUUCCUCUCUUCAUUCUUCCACUUCUGGUUCAAGCUGGAUUGAGGUUGAAGAAGUAGAAGAACAGACGUCUUCAAAGAAGCUUUCUGAGAAGUUUGGGACACCAAAAUCUUUUUAUGAAAUUGUUUCGGGAAAUGAAGUAAGUCCAGACACAACAUUCACUGCUGAACAAUUUCAUAGCUGCAAUAAUAGUACUGUUGGUGAUCCUGUUGAUUCUACUAAAGAGACUAUGUAA